GGUAAAAGCUUGCAAACUCAAAUGAAUGAGCGCGAAUUUACUACGCCAAGAAAGAAAGAAAGCAUUCCCCUAUUCGUGAGUGUGAUAAACUAUGAUUCACCAUGCUUCUUACCAGUUCAGAGAUUUAUGCAUAAUGAUGAUUAUUGUGAUUCAUUAUUUAUGUUUCAGUGCUCGUCUUUUACGCCGAGUUGCGACGAAAAAUUUACAGGGGUCAACCAUCACUUACAGAGUGUGUUUUUUGGUGCGGCAUUCUUGUGCAAUGAGCAGACUGAGUCAUAUGUUUGGUUAUUUGAGACCUUCCUUACAGCAAUGGGAGGGGUAGCACCUAGACUCAUUAUAACUGAUGAAGCUGUUAGCAUGAAGAAUGCGAUUGAAACAGUUUUUCCGACCACAGUGCAUAGGUUAUGUAUGUGGCACAUAAUGGAAAAACUUCCGGAGAAGAUUGGACCAAUAAUUAGAGAAGAGUCUGAAUUUUGGGACAAGAUGAAUUCGUGUGUAUGGGGUUCGGAAACUCCAGCAGAGUUUGAAUCACAAUGGAAUUCUGUCAUUACGGAGUAUGGCUUGGAGGAAAAUGAGUGGCUGGUUAAAAGGUUUAGCAUUCGCGAGUCAUGGAUACCAGCUUACUUUAUGGACAUACCAUUGGCGGGUAUUCUCCGAACCACUUCAAGGUCUGAAAGUGCAAAUUCAUUUUUUAACCGUUUUAUUCAUCGUAAGCUUGCUUUGGUUGAGUUCUGGCUUAGGUUUGACAUGGCAUUAGAAUGCCAACGAGAAGAAGAGUUGAUUGCUGACAACUCAAGCAUUCAUACAACCCCGCAACUAUUGACACCAUGGGAAAUGGAGAAACAAGGUAGAGAUGUGUUUACAUAUGAGGUGUUUGAGAAAUUUCAGAAAGAGAUUGUUGCAGCAAGAGACCAUUGUUGCAUCCAAGGCAUUGCACAAGAUGGAACACUAAAAAUAGUGACAUUGAGAGGUCGAUCCCAUAGGAUUAGGGAAGUUCAGUCUGACACCAAAACCAUGAUAGCUCAUUGUUCAUGUAAGUUAUUUGAAACAAUUGGAAUCCCGUGCCGCCAUAUCAUGCAGGUGUUGAGGGCUGAAAAUCAAAAUGAACUUCCAUCUUACUACAUUAUGAAAAGAUGGAAGAAACGGUGCAAAAGGGAGAAUGUGUAUGAUGAGCAUGGGAAUUUAAUAGAAGAGAAGGCAACCGAUUCAUUGAAUGAAGCUACGAGGAAGAAGAUUUCAGUUGUACGCAACAAGUUGGAAGAUCUAAUUCAGAAGGCCAAGCACUCGGAUGAAGGCAUGGAUUUUCUAACAUCAAGUGUAUUAAAUAUUGAAGCACCUUUGGAUGAAAUGGUUCCCACAUCAGGUGUGAAGCACACUAGACAAGAUGAGAAUGAGGCUUUUAUUGGUUGCAAUAUUCCUACUGAAAUUGACAUACACCCGCCAACUGAUGUUCGCACGGUGGGGAGAUGCAAAAGAAUAAAGAGAGGAAAGGAAAUAAGUGAGGAGGAACAGAAAAAGAAGAAGAAGGAAGCCAAGGUAAAGGUUGCACGCUUGUGCAAGACAACAAAUAGUUUUUCAUGAUAGUCGCAAUUGUCCUAGCAAAAAAGAAGGCAAAGGGGCUGAGAUUGUGCUGCAGAUGAAGCCAAGUGGUGCUCCGUGAUGGCUCUCAGUCUGUUGAAAAACAUGAAUUUGUAUUAGUGAGAUACUAAUAUUAUUUCCUUGAUAUAUUGAAUUCUUGUGAUGGAUGGAAAAUUGAGUUUCUUGAACUGUCUCCCUCUUAUUUUCACUGAAUUGAUUUUUAAUGAAUAGAGUGUAUGAAGCAGCAGGGGCACCAUGUUACAUUAUGUUCACAUAAACCUUAAGCAUGAUCUAUUUUUUGUACAAUGAAUAGAACUCAGCUUGCAAACCCACAUCAGCCUCAACAAUAUUAUUCACGAACAGAAAAUAAACGGUGGUUUGUUUGUAAGCUUGCAGCAGCAACAUGUUCUUGUUUGUGAAUAACUGAAUAUGUCAAAGAAACAUAGGAAUGCAAAAUCACGAGGAAUGCUCAAGCACCAGCUGAUAUUGUUGCCCUGAAUCAGCUGUAUUACAUCAUGUAUUGCAGAAUACCUCAAAUCAGCAGGAACAAGCUAAAUUCACUUGUCUCUGAAAAACAAUACGACAAGGCAAUGUACAAUUCACAUUCUGAUGUCUGAAGCUAUACACACAUUUAACAAAGAACAAUUCAAUGGAUGAGCUCGCAAGCUACAAUCUGCACAUAGCCAAGUACUAGAUACAUUCAACAUGAACAAGAAAAAUCUAGAAACGUGAUCCUUGUUUGCUAUGGAGUGUUGCCGGCCACACGUCGAGCCUCUUGUUGCAGGUAAUAGAUAACAUCGUCAGGCAGAGGAGCAACCGCUGCAUGUGGACGCAGUGGACUGGAUGGUGCGCAGGUUGUGGCCGGUCGCCAACUUGGCGUCGGGAACCGACAAGAAUGCGGGCGGGCAUGAAGGUAGGCCAGACAUGGCGGAUCACGCCGCGGCCGUCGUAAGGAUCACCAAGGCCGUGGAGCGAUUUGGGGCGGACAGACUCGGAGGCAGGUGAAGCGCGAACACUGUCGAAGCAAUCAACAUGGCCUUGGAGCCAUUCGAGGCGGACAGGCCAAGUGUGGCUGCCGUGGAAGGAUUCACCCAAGCCGCCGCCAUGGAGUGAUUGGACGAGAAGAUCCAGAUUGGGAGGGAGACGAACAGGGAAUAAGGGAUUUAGAAGUGUGAUUAGCGGAGGGGGUUAUUAGCAAAUUAGCUGACUGGACUUGGAGAGGCGGCGGGCGUGUUUCUGCAAAAUUAUGUUGCUUUUGAUCCCACACGUGAGAUGUGAAUGAGGA